CAGUCGCGCAUCAAGAUAGUAGCCAUUUGGGUGGCUCUAGAAAAUACCAAAUAGAGAAUAAUUACAAGGAUGGUGCGAUGCUAAAGUCCUCUACCGCAAAAGGAAAGAGGGGCACCGCUAUAAGGCUACGGUCGCAAAUCUAAAAUUCACGACACAACGAACCUUCGACGAAAUCACAACUUUAACAACAACAUCGCAUCAAGCGGUGUUAGCCCAUAUUAGACGUAUUGAAUCGAAGCAAAUUUUAAGGGCAUCAAAGCAGUGGGGUUGUCCUGAUUCCAGCAAACACAGCAGCCCCAACUCUUAAGCAGAUCGCUGCUGACAGUUUGACUUGACCAUCCAAUCCAGAUCGAGUUUUCUUUCUGGCUCGGCAAAACGGCAAGAAAUAUUUCUCCAAAUUGCUAUGUUUCCUUGUGUCAGGAUUGCACUCGCGCCGAAUCCUUCUUCACUUCGUUCUUCACUGCGCAAGCACAAGGGCGAAAGCUCUUUACGGAGAGAAGUCAGACGCUGACCUACGGGCUUACCAAGUAUCUGGCUUUAUUGAUUGAAACGACUAGUAAACAUUCAAACCCCAUAUUUUCUUGAAUCAUGGCUCUUCGCUGUCGUUAUUCUAGUCGUUGUAGCUCCAUUGAUGAGACUGUCGUCGCACUCACCGCUGUACCCCGCCAGAAAGGUAAUCCUUAGAUCGGACGGCAUGGAUUUUCAAAACAAAAGAUGAACCCCACUAAAGCUUAUCAUUCUAGCAGUAUGUUUCAAGACGGCGAAUUAACGAGAGGGAUCCCGUUUUCGCCGCAUGAUUCUGGAACCUAUCGCGUUUCAGAUGCAGCCGCACUCGACAAAACACAGAAUGGCUACUCGCACACCCCAGCAUCACAGCUUAUCAUUGCCGAUAUUGAUAUCAUAGAAGCAUGCAAUUAUGCAGGCAGAGUUCUUGAAGAGGGCGCAUUGUUUCGAAACUACACAGCUAUCAGCCCUCUCGCUUUGCCCUACGAGCUGCAUGGAAUUUAGUCCAGAGUACAUGCAUAGACGGUGGCGAACAAUUACAACUUUAGGCUCAGAAUUGAUGCGGGUUAUCCAGCAUGUCAUUGUUAACUUAUAUGGGGCCAGCAUAAUGUUUAUAUAUGGCUAUCCCUCACUACAGAACACACGACACAGAUUCUCGACACGCUAGCCGCUAUGACUAUGUUACCAUUGAUGGGUAAACAGGAGAAUACAUUGAACAAUUGGGCUUCAAAUAACCUGGGCAGGCCUCGGGAUGGCUACAUGGUCUUUUUAAUGAGCGAGACAGGUCUACAGCAAGAACAAAUAGAUCACUGGUGGACCAGUCAAGAGAAUACUCGCCCCAAUAUUAUAAGCACGUCUGGAGAAGUAGGGCUACUUUCUGAGAUUGACGCGUGUGGUUCUGGAAGCCGCAACUCCAAACGUGCACAACUCGACUUUGCAGACUCGACACCCUUCCUAUGGGGCAACAACAUACAAGACUUCGAUGCAGCGUUUUCCGAUCUUGAUGAUUGGUCUCUUCUUGGACGAUCAUGUUGUGAUUUGCAUGGACCCUCCUCCACAGAUCUGAUGAAUUUUCACACCCACAAAAACUGGUGCGAUCAGUCGACGGAACAUGGUCUCCUUCACUCAGAUACUAUGACAUCCUCCGAUGCCGAUUCAGUAUCGUCGAUAUCAUCAGGUUAUGAGAGUAAGCGAGCUUCCAACAGAUCAUCCGGACGUACUUGGGGCACUACAUCAACGCUUUUCUCCGUAGACGAGACCCAGGAGACAGCCCUAACUAACGCACCCCAGAGCUUCCAGCAUCAUCAGAUUAUACAGCCAACAAAAUUUCCUUCAGUUUCGAAUUCACAACACAAAUCAGCUGAUGAUCUCGACACAAGCGAGUUCACUACUCGAUACCACAGCUUGGAAUCUACCCCUCGUUCAACCGCAAGCCUGAGACGCAAAUCAAAUACAAAUCUCAAUUCUAAGAAAUUGCCGGAUAUACCUCAAAAGCUUUCAAGAUAUAGCUGUACUAAAUGCGGUCAGCCAUUCGAACGUAAAGGUGCUAAGGGCGACUGGAAAAGGCACGAACAGACAAAGUGCGAGCAACAGAAACUGUGGUACUGUAUGCCUCAAGCGCCCACUUUUCAGGCAUUUAAUAUGUGGCAUUGCAUGUUAUGCAGUACCUCUGAUGGAAAUCGCGAUGGGAUGGCUGGCCAUAUCACCAAUGAACACCGAUUUCAAAAUUGCUGGAGUAAACCUUUGUCUGAAAGGAGCCAUCCCAGGAAGGACAAGUUAAGGGAUCAUUUGAAGAAACAUCAUGCUUUAUCGGAAGGAUCCACUGGAUGGGAAGCGUGGCAUCAAGAUUUGCCCGAAAAGAAGGCUUGGGGCUGCGGCUUCUGUGGUGAUUGCUUUUUUACUUGGGAUACAAGACUUGAACAUAUUGCCGAGCACUACGAAAAUCAAGGUCUUGACGUAUCACAAUGGUCAUUAACGAAUGUAAUCAAAGGCUUGCUCAAACAACCUAGAGAAUGGGAUGUAUUGACUGCUUGGAACACAAUCGUUGGUCACAAUGACAAACCCUGUACGUGGUCAGAUAAUGACGCUCUGAUGUUGCAGCGCAAAUUAGAGUAUCGAGAGGGGACACCACAGAGCCUGGCCGAAGAGGCGAGAAGAUUAGCUAAAAGAUCUCCUCAUAAUUCCGUACCGCAGACUUGGCCCCUCUGUGAAUCUCGUGCAGUAAAACUAACACGAGAUUUGUUGAAUGAGCCUCCGAGAACGGAUCCUUUGAGCAGGCAUGGCAGCGUCUUUGAUGGGGAAUCUUCUUGGGCACAUGUUAAGCACGAAGAUUUCGGGAUGGAAGGUGAUAAUUACGGUGGAUAUAUCUAAUGGUCGAGCAAUCUAAAUGAAUCUGAAUGGUAGAGACGUACGCAGAAACAAUGGUAUGUGGGAGCCGGCUAUCCACAUCCAUCAUAUCCUAGAGUUUUCGUAUUCAUCAGUCGAUGACCGUAUGAGAAUUCUGGCGUCUUUCAGGAAUUUAUACCUGAGAAUGAGCGUGGCCUGGUGCUGAACGCUACAGAUGAAUUCAUCAUUUGGUCAGAUAUUCAAGUAACCUAGAAGGUGAAAGGAUGGACCCAGCGGGACCCAGCGGGGAGGGAUCUUGGGCUGGAAAAGGCAAUAAUAUCGAUUUGGUGAUUGAAAGUCCCCCGAAAUCAGGUUUCCGGUAGGGCUGGUGGUGCUUAAUAUAAAUUCAAAGUUCAUAUAUCAAAGCAGACUUCAGGAAAGUUUUUAAUCAUAACAAUAAU